GUGACUGGACAGAGUUCGUUUAACUGACCAGAGCAGGCUUCAGCCCUCCUCUUUCACAGACAGACCUCCUGGGAACUGAUAUGUUGUGUAUUAGACGCGAAGCUUGGAGGCUGCCUUUCACCCGCGUUGACAAAUCCGUGAUACAUGUCGUGAGCUGACUUCUGCUUCCAACCAAAAGGACUAGUCUGUUUUAUUGCAAUGGCACAAUGGACACUUUUAUUUCUCUCCUUUUGUCAAGCACUAGCUCCGCUCGCCAGUGCGCAAGCUCAGCGCGGGGGCCCAUGGAGACACAGGAUCCAAUGGGAGAAUAACGGCCAGGUGUACAGCUUAAUGAGCACGGGCUCCCAAUACCAGGCCCCGGGACGAUACAGGGGCCCAUCCCGGCUUUACAUGAGCAGCAACGGCCACCACCCCGGUUUACACAGACCAGCCUCCCUGCACAGACCGGCACAAUAUGCCGCCCCUUUCCAAUACGCACCGGUCACAGCUCGUGCGUCAGGGGCCAGACUCACGGAGCGCCCUUUGCGCGCGGGUACAACUGGACAUCAGGGCACUCCACAGUUCACAGCCGUGAACGCUUCUGCAGCCGCGGUGACUGAAACUGGAUUAGCGAGGACUAAUGUGGACUCCUCAUCCCAGCACACCAGGAGUGAACCAGUAACCCGUUCUCAAAGUCAGUCCUUACGCACGGUGCCAGAGCCUUUGACACGGACACAGAAUCAACCGUUACGCACGGUGCCAGAGCCUUUGACACGGACACAGAAUCAACCGUUACGCACUGUGCCGGAGUCUUUGGCUCGCGCGCAAACCCAGCCUUUACGCACGGGGCCAGAGCUUGCUCUCGUCUCUAGGGAGCGCGCACAGACGGACGAGUCCAUCCCAGGACCUGUUCCGGUUCUGGAGAGAGAUCCCGAGGUCCCUGUUUCUUUUGCAGCGAUAAAUGAGGACACUACAAACGAUGUCAACACAAAUGCUGUAGACGUGGUGAAUGACGACCCUCGGAACCCCUUUAAGAACCACAGAAACUCAGUCCUGUAUAAUCUGUAUCCCAACAGAGCGAGGCCAGCGGCGCGCCCCCAGCGCCCUCCUCCAGGGACCGGCUAUGGCACCAGGCUAUUCCAAAACGGCCUGCCCGACUUGGUACCAGACCCAUAUGCUAUUCAGGCUGGCACUUAUGUCCAGCGAACGCAGAUGUAUGCUCUCCGCUGCGCCGCUGAGGAGAACUGUCUGGCCAGGUCGGCCUACAGCCCCACAGUCCGGGACAUCGACUUUAGGGUCCUACUGCGUUUCCCUCAGAAAGUCCGAAACCAGGGCACGGCUGACUUCCUCCCCGUGAAGCCGCGCUAUCAGUGGGACUGGCACAGCUGUCACCAGCAUUACCACAGCAUGGAGGCCUUCAGUAACUACGACCUGUUGGACUCCGUGACAGGGAGGAAGGUGGCUGAGGGACACAAGGCCAGCUUCUGUUUAGAGGAUACCAGCUGUGAGCCCGGGUUCAGGAGGAGAUACGCCUGCACCGCGCAUACACAGGGCCUGAGUCCCGGGUGCCAUGACAUCUACGCUGCCAACAUUGACUGUCAGUGGAUCGACAUCACUGACGUGCCUCCGGGAAACUAUGUGCUCAAGAUAACUGUCAACCCAAACUUCCACGUCCUUGAGUCCGACUUCACCAACAACAUCGUGAGGUGUGACAUCACAUACACCGGAGUCUACGCCCAGACACGAAACUGUCGGAUCACACGGAGUUAACCCCUUUAUCCACUAUAGGACACUUUUGGUGCUACAUUUGGUGCUAUAUUCCUGCCACAGAGUCAAGUUUUGGCUGCAUAAAAAUUACAUUAAUUCAGUCAAGACUUGGUUUGUUGUUGUAUUGUGUUGUAUUUCCUUUCAUUUUAAUAAUUUCAGCUCUUCUGCUUGAAUUUGCUGCUUUGCUUAUUGUUACAUUGUACAAUUAUUUCUACCACUCUUGCAUUAGAGUAUGUAAAUUGAAUGCAUGUUUGAAUGGGAGAUAUGAGUGA